GCGCUGCAGAGCGCCCAGGGUGCCCCAGCACACGGCUGCAAGCUCGUCCUCGCCGAGUCCCUCUCGGAGGGCGGCGCGAACCAAGUCAACACCUUCCUGGAGCAGCACGGUGGGGCCGGGAUCCAGCACGUCGGCCUCCGCACCACCGACAUCAUCACCACCACCAGGACUUUGCAACAGCGGGGCGCACGGUUCUUGACGCCCCCCACCGCCUAUUACAGCCAGGGGGGCAAAGAGGAGGAGAUCCGGGGGGCCGGGCAGGACCCCCACACGCUGGCAGAGCUGGGCAUCCUGCUGGACACCACAGCGCCUGGGUUUUUUGCUGAUGCUGCCGAGAGCCCUUCCCAGGAGUAUUUGAUGCAGAUCUUCACCCGUCCCAUCUUCUCCGAGGAGACCUUCUUCCUGGAGCUCAUUGACCGGCGGGGAGCACCGGGCUUUGGGGAAGGCAACAUACGGGCAUUAUGGCAAGCUGUGCAGGUCUACAUGGACCAGCAGCAGUGA